UCGGAGAGAGGACUCUCCCUAAAGUCUUCAACUUUCAGCCCGUCCGUCAGAAGUCACGCCGGUCCUGUUGUGAAGAUGAAGGUGUCACAGACCCUCCUCAUCCUCUCAUGCCUGCUUGGUGUUAGAGGAGGCAUGCUCCAUAAGGACGUGCACGUCGUUGGCUGCUCGGACACUCGGGGAGAGGACGUGUAUACGCUGGAUGGCGAAGAGAUGUGGUACGCGGACUUCGUCAAGAAGGAGGGGGUCGAGCCUCAGCCUCCGUUCAUAGACCACAUGACCUACCAGGAGGGCGCGUAUGAGCAGGCUGUGGCUAAUCAGGGCAUCUGCAGACAAAACCUGAAGGUGGCUCAGCAGGCCUACAAGAACCCACCGCUGAAACUCGAUGAGCCUCACUCCACCGUCUACACCAAAGACGUGGUAGAAAUCGGAAAGGAGAACCACCUCAUCUGUCACGUGACCGGGUUCUACCCUGCACCGGUCCAAGUCUACUGGACCAGAAACAACCAGAACGUGACAGGAGGAAUCAGUCUCAACACUCCCUUCCCCAACAGCGACGGCACCUUCAACCAGUUUUCCAUACUGACGUUCACACCAGAGCUGGGCGACAUCUACAGCUGCAGCGUGGAGCACCGAGCGCUGAGCCAAUCUCUGACCCGGGUCUGGGAAGUGGAGCAGAACCAGCCGGGUAUUGGACCCUCGGUGUUUUGUGGAUUGGGUCUGACGGUGGGUCUGCUGGGUGUGGCUAUCGGAACAUUCUUUCUCAUCAAAGGAAAUGAAUGCAACUAAAAUCUUCAUCCCGAUCCUGAUCCUGAUCCUGAAUCUGAUCCUGAACCCAAAGCUGAACCAUAACCUCAGAUCUUUCCUGAAACCAAAGAUGCUGAAAGUUCAUCAUUGUAUUAAUUAAGCAGUAUGCUAAUGAGCGAACAGAUGAGCAGCCCGACAAGCAGCAGAUGAGCUCAGAACACAACAUGCAGUCGGACGACAGGAGCGAAGAGCUUCUGAAUCAAGACCCCACAUGAAGAUCCAGUAAACCACCUGGUCUAGAAAUAUAAAGAUACUUUAGCAUCGGCCACACUGCUGUAAAACUGAAUAAAAACAAUGAAUGAAAA